AGUGAACUCUGUCUCUGUCUUAAUGGCAAGACACGUCUUUCUCACACUAGUAAAAAGAAAGAACUGAUGGGUUUGUUCAUUGUCACUCAUGUUUCUCCCCAGUUCUCUGGGAGCAGACACCCAAACCAAUACAGACGUGUUGGGUCCAAACCCGGCUUCCCAGGCGGAGGCUCUGCAGGGGGCGCUGUUGUGGGCGUCAUCCUGAGCUUGGUGUCCUGUUAUCUUCUCUUCACUAAUGAGGCUCACGCUGUCCAGACAGCGGCCUCCGUCAGAGAAGGUCUGGCAGAGGUGGUCUCUUUGGACAAACCUCUCAGCGUUGAUGAGGUGAACAACAACCGUUUGGUUCACUUGUCUGCGCAGCUGCAGACCUCACAGCCUCUCCACGAUCCCAACUACAAUGUGGUGGUUCACGCAGUGAAGCUGAGGAGGCAGGUGGAGAUGUACCAGUGGGUGGAACAGCAGCAGAGCAAUGACGUCGUAGAAAACGGAGAGACCAAAACGGAGACGACCUACUCAUACAACACCGAGUGGAAAUCAGAGUUGGUCAACAGUCGCAAUUUCGAUAAGGAGAUUGGCCACGAGAACCCGAGCGCCAUGGCGGUGGAGAGUGCGACGGUGGUGGCUCCUGAAGUCAAGGUUGGCCCCUUCACUCUGUCCAAAGGUCUGGUGGAGCAGAUCGACGACUUCCACGUUCUGAGUCUGAAGGACUUGAGUGCGUUGAACGUGGUCACCUUUCUCACCGUCCAUGAUGACUAUCUUUAUCACACUGACAACGUCAGCCAUCCUCAGGUUGGUGAUGUGCGGGUGAGAUUUUCCUUCGCAGGACUGAGCAGCGACACGACCUUCCUCGGUCCAGCUCAGACUGUCAGUGUAGUGGCCAAACAGAGAGGAGGUCAGCUGAUCCCCUACAAGACCAGAUCUGGAGACGCCCUGGAGAUCCUGUACGAGGAGGAUCUCUCUGCAGGGGAGGUGUUUGAGAGGGAGCUCCAGUACAACAGCAAGAAGACGUGGGGUCUCCGGCUGCUGGGAUGGUUCCUCAUGUUCCUUGGUAUCCAGCUGGCCAUGCGCAUCAUCUACACUCUAGUGGACUGGAUCCCUCUUCUCCGAGAGCUGGUCUCCGUGGGACUGACCAUCUUCUCUCUGUGCAUCUCCUCCUCUCUGUCUCUUCUCAUCAUUGGAUUUGGUUGGCUCUUCUACCGCCCCCUAGUGGCUGUUGCUCUGGGCGCCCUCGCCAUGGUUCCUGUGUUUCUGGCCCGUUCCAGACUUCCUGCCAAGAAGCAUCAGUGACUAGUAGAUGGAAGAUUGGGGGUGGCGUUUGGGUGACCCUCACUAUGAUGGAGAGAGAGAGACUAUGAUGAAAACGAAGUCAGGUGAAACACGAGAUGAAGCCAUGAACUAGACUGUUGUGAUGGAAUAUUAUUUCUGAAGCUAAUGGAAAGUUCUUCCUCUCUUGUUUUUAGACCUCUUGAGUGCAGACUGAGUUUCUCACACCUGCUCAAGGUUGUUGUUACUUUCUUCUCCCUUGUUAUCAUUGAUGUUGUUGUCUACCCCUACCGUUCAGCGAAAUAAAAUGGUUGUGCGCUGAGAGUAUGAACUCUAUUCUUUAUU